AUGAGUCGCGAGCAGCUUGAAACGGCGUUCUCGGAAACAAUUGAAAAGAUUCUGGAAGUCGCUGGCAACACAACAGCCACAUUCCUCCCGAUUCUUGGUGGAAAAUCGAUUGAAUUAACGAUUUCUGGAAUAGAAGAUUAUCUGAAAAUGAUGAAAGAGUUACAACAAGAAUACGAGAGACCGCUGACAAACUGUCCAAUGUCUCCGAAUGAUUCAAUGCUUAUUCAUCGGAAUCGACUCGCGAGAUCUUCCAAAUCUCGCUUCACUUUUCUUCGUUCCUCUCCAGAAGGUGCACGUUGUGAUGUCUCACCGAUGGAUAUCGAUCGUCCCAAUCAUUCUCAUAUCGAAGCGAUUCUCGAGGAAUCUACAAUUCUUGAUCCGAGUGUUCUCAUGGAUGAAACUACUCAUCAACGUGGCUUCCUGGCAGAUGUUAGUGAUAUGAAUGGAACCGUCCGUUCUCGUAAUCCAAGUUUUAAUUUCAAUUACAUUUCGCCCGUUUCCACUGAUAAAUCUACUCGUCGUUCAACAAUCUCCAUCCGACCAAUUAACACUACAAUCGACUUCGAUGCGGACGUUUCGUCGAUUCAUGAAACCUCUCGGACCCAUUCUCGCACCAGAUCUCGGAUUCACGCUGGACAUGAUGAGGAUCAAUCGAUUCUUGUGAUGAAUGCUGAUGAGAUGCGGACUCCACGCGCCUACAAUAAUACAAUUGACCUGACAGGUUCUGAUGUAACACCGAUUAGUUUGAAGUUGUGGAAUGUAAAACUUCGUCCAGGAAGUAAUCGAAAAAUUGACAACGAAAUCAGAAAUGAGAUCCAAAGACAAUUGGCUCGUGAUACUGUUUUGAAUCAAUGA